AAGAGCAGAAUAGAAAACCUCAACGACACAACUGACAAUGACAAGCUUGUUGGAUGUGAAGAGAAAGGUCAAGAACAGCAGUAUAAGAUAGCUGGGGACGGAGAUAAAUAUCCAGACACAAACAUGGACCGCACUAUUGCAAGAGUAACGUCGUUUGGAAAGGAGCAGGCCUUGCCCGACUGGGAGGAAUGGUGUGUUUUCUGUCUGCCUGCCCGUUCAUCUGCAUGUUUCCUACAACGGAGGCAUGGGGAUGAUGGAGACGGAGACCGAGAGACAGACCAGCGAACGGGACUAGACUGGACUUUCAAGUUGUAUGUGUGGUUCGUCAUCGGCCAUCUGGUUCAGAGUGCUCCUCAGUCAAGGCGUGCUGGGCAACGAGCUGGAUUGAAGCCAGGCCUUAAGCCGGCGCUCACCGUGCCACGCUCCGAUAUCAAGACACUGGCAACACCAUCUGGACUACAUGGCGCAUGUGCGCGGCCGUCCUGGCAUCUGAUAACAGACGUAGAGCAGCUAAAAGGGUGGGUGCAUUCGUUCUGA